UUCCACCUCCGCAUCCUUCCCUCCGCCUCCUCCUCGUCUUCCACCACCACCACCAUCAUCAUCACCACCACCUCCUCCUCCUCCUCCUCCUCCUCCUCCACCAUAUGCUCGUCCACCUCCCUCGCCGCCUCUUUUCUACCUCUACCAGCGCAACGAGGUCGAGGAAGGAACAUCCUGGACAUGUACGUUCCCCGUUGAAUCGAGGGAGGCUGCCUUCACACGAACGACAACUGGUGGGCACAUCGGUGAGUAGGUUCGGUAGGGAGGUGUCUCCCGGUCCUCCAACCAGAAGAAGCGAGACGACGACGACGACGACGACGACGAAGAGACCUUUGGCGGUUACACACUGCGUCCUACCGUCUUCUGGUGUGUGCCUACCUAUUCGGGCUACCAGCCAACCGAGCGGCCAAACGGAGCUUCAGUCGACGCCGCGCGCCCAAACGGUCCAGACCUGUCAGCCCGGAAGACACACGCGCAGUAUCUCUCGACGCUUUCCGAACAGAUCAGUUGAUCGUACAUCUCGCAACGAGACCUAACCACCUCGACUGUUGGCCGCGUGACACUAGUACGCGAUUUGCUUCGCAACCAAGCCCGUCGCGCACGCAUCUCGUGAGUUCAUUUCGUUUAUUCGUUGUCAAAAGUUCGCGGCUUUCCAGCAAGUUCCAAGACUUCCGCGCACGGAGAGAAUACCUAUCCAUCGGACCUUGCUCGAGAUCUUCUGCGUUCACGUGCUUCCCACUACCCUUGGAUCGGCAGCGAUACGAGGAUCCUCUCGCGACGUGGUACAAGCAGUGAUCUCACUCCCAGGAGUCGGCCGUGCUCGAGACUAGCUUUGCGCGGGAGGAGAAGAGCGAGUCGAGGAACGACAGAUAAAGAGAGAGAGAGAGAGAGAGAGAGAGAGAGAGAGAGAGAGAGAGAGAGAGCGCGCAUACGAAAGUCAGCGAACGCGACAGAGAUAGAUAGAGAGUGCACGACAGAGAAAGAGAGAGGGAGAGAGAAAGAGAGCGAGAGAGAGAGAGAAAGAGCGAGAGUGACGAGGUGUACCGAGAAAGGAGACAGAGGGAGACAGAAGAAGUGGUGGGAGUGACUCCGGGCGUUAGCGAGAGAGCGAGAGAGGCGGGUAGAGGGAAAGGAGAGACAGAGACUCGACCAAGAGAAGGAGCGGUGGGAAUUUAUAAGGAUGUUCGCGAUAAUGCCGAUGGAGACAGAGGGGCACGGCAGGGAGUUCGGCCGGCGGCAGAAGAUGCGCGCCAAGUGCACGGUAGAGUUCGUCUGCAAGUACUGCCAGCGGCGCUUCACGAAGCCCUACAACCUCAUGAUCCACGAGCGCAGCCAUAAGGACGACGUGACCUUCACCUGCGAGGUCUGCGGAAAGUCCUUCAAGCGGCAGGACAACCUCAAGCAGCACAGAUGUGGGUGGCGGUGAGCGGGAGCUCUGAAUCUCCUGCACCUUGACACACGCACACACACGCGUGAGCGCGCGCAUGCGCGCACACGCACACACGCACACACAAUGCACACAUUCACAAAUAGAGCAACAACAACUACAGCAACAACAAAGCCACCACCACUACAUAAUUACACGACACAACCAUUACUGUUACUCUACUACCACAAAGUAUAACCACGCACUCUCAUUUCAAUCACCCGCACUUUUCCCGGUCGUGACGAGAGCGCGACCAACAACUAUGUACCGCCACCACAAGAAACCCCGGCAUGCGUAUAUAUUUUCUUCUUCUCACACUACUACUACUAUUACUCUACUACUUGUUCAUACUCUUCUCUCUGUCUACCAUUUCCGCUACUUUGUCUUCUCACUGUGUCUGCGAAUCUUACUGCCCUCACUACAACUACUUCGUCGUCGGCUAUUUCUAGUACUAACACACGGCGCGCACGGGUCCCACGCUCUAACGAGGCGGCGGGAAUGAUUGAUAGAUAGGAAGAGAGAAUUUAGAGAGUGAGAGGAGGGGAGGAAGCGAGGGCUUUCCCUGGAAGUGUACUUUCUUCACCUUCCGAUUUCGACCAUCUCUGUUCCAGGAGCAUACACUCUGUUCCCUACAAGGGCUCCAACGGCUACUCAAAUGGCUAUUCAAAUGGCUACUCUAGGUAUUAGAAGCCAUCCGGCCAACUAUCCUAAAAUCCCGUAGGCACGCGUUUCUCUUUCUCUAUCGAGUACUUUAACUACAUUAUACCAACCAGUUCUCCCCGACAUCCCUCCUCUAGUUUCAACGAUCCUCCGUGUCGGCACUCCGACGACGGCUUGACGACGACGGUUCGCGGUAAAUGUCCUGUCUGUGAA